UGUUCGAGCGGGGCCGCGGGGCCGCCGGCAGCCGGCCUGAGUGUCGCUGUCUUGGGAGAGGAGGGAGCUUUUGCGGGGAGCAGUUAGGUUGCUAGGAGGGUGAGCGACGGGAGCUCUCCCCCAUGCCGGGCAAGUGGUGCGGCCCUGAGCUGGUCCUGGAGCCGGAACGACGCCUGUGAGAAGCCCGCAGAACGCGGGGUUCUGUGAAGAGACGUGGGGAAGAUUCGAUUCCGAGAAAAGGAAGAGCCGACUUGAAAGGGAGCGAGGCCGCUGACGGGGAGGGGGGCUGCCAAGAUGGCGUCCGCCUCCUCUGGGCCAGCGGCGGCCGGGUUUUCAUCCCUUGAUCCCGGGGGUCCCUGCCGGUACCUCAGCAGCAGCAUCUGGAAUCAGGAGAGCCACAGGAUCUGAGGUACCAUUUGCCUCUGUCAUGCCUGUCAAGAAAAUAGGCCACCGAGGUGUUGAUUCCUCUGGAGAGACUACAUAUAAAAAGACAACUUCAUCAGCCUUGAAAGGUGCCAUCCAGUUAGGUAUUACCCACACUGUGGGCAGCCUGAGUACCAAGCCCGAGCGAGAUGUCCUCAUGCAAGACUUCUACGUGGUGGAGAGUAUCUUCUUUCCCAGUGAAGGGAGCAACCUGACACCAGCUCAUCAUUACAAUGACUUUCGUUUCAAGACCUAUGCGCCUGUUGCCUUCCGUUACUUUAGAGAGCUGUUUGGCAUCCGGCCUGAUGAUUACUUGUACUCCCUUUGCAGUGAACCAUUGAUUGAACUCUCCAACUCUGGAGCUAGUGGUUCCCUCUUCUAUGUGUCCAGUGAUGAUGAGUUCAUCAUUAAGACAGUCCAGCAUAAAGAAGCGGAAUUUCUGCAGAAGCUGCUUCCGGGAUACUACAUGAAUCUUAACCAAAACCCUCGAACCUUGCUGCCUAAAUUCUAUGGACUGUACUGUGUGCAAGCAGGCGGCAAGAACAUACGAAUUGUGGUGAUGAACAAUCUCUUACCUCGGUCAGUCAAAAUGCAUAUGAAAUAUGACCUAAAGGGUUCAACUUAUAAACGGCGAGCUUCUCAGAAAGAACGGGAGAAGCUUCUCCCCACCUUUAAAGACCUGGACUUCCUACAAGAUGUCCCCGACGGUCUUUUUUUAGAUGCUGACAUGUACAGUGCUCUGUGUAAGACUCUGCAGCGUGACUGUUUGGUGCUACAGAGCUUCAAGAUAAUGGACUAUAGCCUCCUGAUGUCAAUCCACAAUAUAGAUCAUGCACAGCGAGAGCCCAUGAACAAUGAAGCACAGUACUCGGUUGACACUCGCAGACCAGCCCCCCAGAAGGCGCUCUAUUCCACAGCUAUGGAGUCCAUUCAGGGCGAGGCUCGACGGGGUGGCACUGUGGAGACUGAGGACCACAUGGGUGGUAUCCCUGCCCGGAAUAACAAAGGGGAAAGGCUCCUGCUUUAUAUUGGCAUCAUUGAUAUUCUGCAGUCUUACAGGUUUGUUAAGAAGUUGGAGCACUCUUGGAAAGCACUGGUACAUGAUGGGGACACAGUAUCAGUACAUCGUCCAGGCUUCUAUGCUGAGCGGUUCCAGCGCUUCAUGUGCAACACAGUGUUCAAGAAGAUUCCCUUGAAGCCUUCUCCUUCCAAAAAGUUUCGGCCUGGCUCGUCUUUCUCUCGGCGAUCAGGCCCCAGCGGCAACUCCUGCAUUACUUACCAGCCAUCGGUCUCUGGGGAACACAGAGCACAAGUGACAACCAAGGCGGAAGUGGAGCCAGAUGUGCACCUUGGGCGUCCUGAUGUCUUACCUCAGACUCCACCUUUGGAGGAAAUCAGUGAGGGUUCACCUGUUCCUGGCCCCAGUUUCUCACCUGUAGUUGGAGAACCUUUGCAAAUACUAAAUUUGAGCUCCACCUUGGAAAAGCUUGAAGUCGCAGAGUCCGAGUUCACCCAUUGAGCAGUGAGCCUCAGAAGACCUGAAACAAGACUCUACUGUCGCUUUGAUCCCAAGAUGUCAGCCCUUGCCCCAGGAAUGCUGAGUCUUCUUCUUGGUCAUCAGAAGAGGAGAGAAGUGUGGAGCCAGCAGAGCUCUCCAUCCCGUCUCCCUUUCCGCUGGGCAUCAGUGCCUUUGACAGUUGAGGACAGCAGCGUCUCCACCACUCCAGAAUUGGGUGGCAUGAAUUUUUCCUGGGUCAGUCAUGGCUUCAGUGACUGAAUAUUUUCAAACCCCAUUCUUCGUGCAGAUGUGGGGCUGCUGGACGAGGUGACUUUCUUCUCUUCACCUCUCACCUGGAGCUGGACUCUUCCUCAGGACAGACUAGCUGGACAUCGUUCCCAUUCGUUCUUCCCUCCGGUCUUUGAGAAGACCCCAGUGAUUUUAUUAUAAAGGUUUUCUGGGGGAGAUUAAGGAUGACCCUACUCCCAGCCUUCUUUCUUCCUUAAAAAAGGAAAAGAACAAACAGCACGCGACACAGAGGCUCUAGAGUGUUAGGAAGCACCCUAGUGUUUGUGUAGCAGAAAGACUGUGACUUUCCUGCCUGCAGCUACUCUCUCCCUACUUAGGGCUGAGGGAGUGGAGAGGGCAUGGCCACCUGUACCCUUUGUGAACAGGGCAGCCAUGCCAGGAGAGUAGACCUUCUUAGCAGGAUUCUACUCACUGCCCGGUCAUACAGUUACUGUUUUGCAAUUUGGAAUGUAUUCUAAUAGUUUUUCUAAAUAUAAAGAAUUAUCAAAUGAUUUUAGACCAUUCUCCAAAGGAGAUUCCUUUGUUCUUCCCUUAUUUUCCAACAGUAUUCUGCUCUUUGUGGAGCUAUGGUGGAGGGAGACAUUUGUGUCUGUUUAACAGGCAGUCGUAUCUAUGAGGCUAGAGAAUAUUUUCUUAAACUUCUGGGGAGCUGCAGACUUCCCUCAGUAGGGUGAUUGCCAUGCCCCCUGGCCUGCCCCCCUGCUCUGUGUAGAGAAGCUGGAAUGGGAUCUCACAAGCCCUCUCCUCCCUCUCAGGGUUGUGGUCCAUCUGGUCCUGGCCUAUGGGGCAGUACAUGGUGUUUCAGGCAGGCUGUUGAAAUCUCAUGUUGUUACUUCUCCAAUGCAUCCCACCUUGAUAGCAAGUUAGCCUAUCCCCCAAGUAACUGUCUAUAUUAGACACCCCCAGCCAGUUUCUGGCUGCCUGUCUUUGCUGCCAUGUUCUUUUUUACAAGAAGGAAAGAAACAAUUCUUGCUAUUUUUUUCAUAAUUUACUAUUUAUGAUGUAUUUAAGUGUUUUAUUCAGGACAGAGUUCUGUAGGGGUGGGAGGGAAUAUCUGAGGGCGGGCUUGGACUUAGGGGGUGGACAUGGGGAGUCAACAUUUUUAUGGAGUGUUACUAUUUGUCUCUACUUUGUAUUGUUGGAAAAUGACAAAUGCAGUAUAAAAGUAAUAAAUACCUGGUUUUAAUGUAUUAAAAUUGUAUCAGUUAUUUAGACCCAUUUUUAAAUAUUUUGAUUAGCCUGAUAGUGAUGGUUUUAUUACAUUUUCAUACAUGUACAUGAAGUACAUGAUCAUUCUCACCUCCCUUGUCACCCUUUCUGUUCCUUGUUGGGGGUAGUUGUUGGUGCUGGAGUUAAACCCAGGAAGAAAGAACUUGGGCCUGACUGCUGAGCCUUCUUGGGUCUUUUUCACAUCUCUGCUCCAGCUCCCUCCUCCACCCAGGCUGGGUUUGGGUUAGAAUGAACAAAAUCUUUAGCAGCCUUCCCAUCCUUCAACUGAAGUAUAACUCGGGCUGAGAGAGGGGCUUCAGUUCCCAACUGCAGUCCCUUCAGCAUCAGAACAGUUUAAACUUGAUGAAGAACUCUUGUGGAGAUUGUAACUCAAGGAUUUGAGAAUCCAAAGCUCAGAGUUGGCUCAGGUUGAAGAGAAGAGGAAGAUGUCAGUUGGCCCUAGAAUGCCUUCUGACUAACCCAGUGCUUCUCUUGGAAAAUCCCGGAGGCUCCCUUCAAGCUCUUUUUCUGGACUGGAGAGAGGAGUCUGGCUAAGAACACUUGCUGGUUGGUUCCUAGCACAGACAAGGGGCCUCACAACCCUCUGUAACUCUAGUCCCAAAGGGUCUGACACCCUCUUUUUGGCUCUAUGGAUACCAAGCAUGUAUGUGAUGCACAUAGAUGCAUACAGGCAAACACUCAUAAAAUUAAUCUUAAAAGAUAAUGGUAUAAAUUUGCAUUUAGGCUCUUCAAUAGGAAAGUAGACAGGUGAGCUGGGCUCAUUUUAAUACCUGGAGAUGGGGAAGCUUUUAAGAGUCAGAUUUCAUGUAUUCGUGUGUGCGUGUGUGUGUGUGUGUGUGUGUUUGCACAUAUGUAUAGGUUGCAUAUGUGUGGAAGCCAGAAGACAGCCUUGAGUGGCCCUUCCCAGAAGUGCUACCCACUUUGCUUUGUAAGAAAUGGUCUCUCAUUGACAAGUGUGUCCCACUGUGCCUGCCUUGUGUGUAUCCGGCCCUCGGGCUUGCUCGGCAGGUAGUUCAUGGCUGAGUUGUCCCAGGCUUGAGAGAAGCAAGUCAACUAAACAUUGUUCUCCCUGUCCUGUAGAGAUCAUUAGAAGAGUUGGAGCUGCAGCCGCAGGAGUCCUGGCUGGACAAGCUUUGAGGAAGUUUCUUUUCCUCUGCCUGAGAGCUGGUUGAAAGAGGUGGCAGCUGCAUGCUCCAGGAAAGCCGCAAGCAGGAGCUGUGAGGUCGGGCUGGAAAGGAAAGGCGGGGAGGUUUAGCCAUCAGUGUGAAAGCUGGAGACCAAGGUCUUCUCCCAGAGCAUGGAGGCCCCAGAUGGUUCUAGAUGGCAGGAGUUAUCCCCUCUUUAGAGAUGGUGACAUUCUUGGGAAGGAUGGGGACAGAAAUCGCUGUUGAAAUGGUGUCACAUGAAGCGGCUCAUUUU